AUGGGAAGUUUAGGGUUUCAAAGGGUUUCUAAUUCGCAGUUUCAAAAUUAUACAGUUAGAGAUAUCAGUCGUGUUUUUUCCGGAAAAGAUGGCCCACAAGGACCACCUGGCGCACCAGGUGCUCCCGGUCAUCCUGGUGCAAAGGGGGAAGAUGGUUUGCCAGGACUGCCUGGCGUCGCAGGAAUGAAAGGAGAUGCUGGUCUGCCUGGUUUACCCGGUCUUCCCGGUCCAGCAGGUCAACCAGGAUAUCCAGGACAAAAAGGACAAACAGGUUUGCCCGGAGUACCCGGUAUAAAAGGCGAUGCAGGUCUUCCUGGACUGCCCGGUCAACCAGGGUUGAAGGGCGAACAUGGUCAAUCAGGAUUACCUGGGCUGCCAGGACUGAAAGGCAACCCUGGCGCACCGGGUUUGCCCGGUCAAGAUGGAUUGCCAGGAUUACCUGGGCCAAAAGGUGACCGUGGAUUUAACGGAUUACCAGGUGCUAAAGGUGAGCCAGGACCAGCAGCAAGAGAUGGUAUCAAGGGAGAACCAGGGUUGCCGGGACAACCAGGUCUACGUGGUCCUCAAGGACCGCCAGGGUUGCCAGGACUGCCAGGAAUGAAAGGUGAAGAUGGACUACCUGGAUAUGGACCGCCUGGUCUGCCUGGUGAAAAAGGACUACCAGGUUUGCCAGGAAAGCCUGGACGAGCAGGUCUGCCAGGACAAAAGGGAUUAGAUGGAGCUCCAGGGUUCCCAGGCCUUAAAGGCGAUACAGGUUAUCCAGGUGCCCCUGGACUCCCCGGAAAGGAUGGAUUGCCAGGCUAUCCUGGCCAAAAGGGCGAGCCUGGAUUCCCAGGCGAGCCCGGAUUACCUGGAGCGCCUGGAAUCGACGGGAAAAUGGGAGUUCCAGGAAUUCGAGGCGAAAAAGGCAAUGCAGGAUUACCAGGUCUUCCAGGAGAACGAGGAUUGGAUGGUUUACCAGGCGAAAAAGGUGAAGCUGGUUAUCCAGGAAGUCCCGGCCUUCCUGGACCCAUCGGACCGAAAGGCAACGCUGGAGCCCCGGGUUUUCCCGGAAUGAAAGGAAUUGCUGGUCUACCUGGCCCAGAUGGCUUACCUGGUUUUCCAGGAAUUAAAGGCGAUGCUGGACUUCCUGGCUUACCGGGCAGAGAUGGCUUACCAGGCUUGCCUGGAAUUAAAGGAGAAGCUGGUCUACCUGGGAUUCCCGGACCACCAGGACAAUCGAUAUCCGGGCCGAAAGGCAGCGCAGGUGCCCCUGGUCCUCCCGGAAAAGAUGGAUUUCCUGGUCUUCCGGGCAUUAAAGGUGAUCCUGGUCAACCCGGUUAUCCCGGAGCUCCCGGAACAAAGGGAGACAGUGGUUUGCCAGGUUUACCUGGUUUAAAAGGUGAACCUGGAAUACCCGGUGUACCUGGAAAACGUGGUGCGGAUGGAUUGCCAGGCCCUCCAGGGCCCGCAGGGUUGCCCGGGAUUCCUGGCGUGAAAGGCGAUAGCGGAUUGCCUGGAGUACAAGGCACACCUGGUCUACCUGGUAUUCUUGGUAUGAAAGGCGAACCUGGAUUACCUGGAUUCCCGGGCCAAAAAGGUGAGGCUGGUUUACCCGGACAGCCUGGUUUGCCCGGUCCACCAGGUUUAAAAGGCGAUGCCGGUCGCCCUGGACAACCAGGAAGAGAUGGAACACCAGGCAAAGAAGGUGCACCAGGACCAAUGGGACCUCCGGGAGCUCAACCUCUCACGCAUCCAGGUGAAAAAGGUGAUAUGGGGCCGAUGGGUGUUCCAGGAAUACGUGGUGAGAAAGGUCUGCCUGGUUUGGAUGGUUUGCCUGGACCAAGUGGCCCACCUGGCCCACCAGGCAUGAAAGGUGCAGAUGGUUUUCCUGGUCAGCCUGGCAUUCCAGGUGAGAAGGGUAGCGCUGGUCUGCCAGGCUUUCCUGGCAUUGAAGGCUUGUCUGGUCCUCCAGGGUUACCAGGACAAAAUGGGCCCCCCGGACCACCUGGUCCUUCAUAUCGUGAUGGAUUCUUGCUUGUGAAACACAGUCAAACAACUGAAAUUCCACAGUGCCCUCCUGGCCAACAGAAACUAUGGGAUGGAUAUUCUCUAUUAUAUAUCGAGGGCAAUGAAAAAUCUCAUAACCAGGAUCUUGGUCAUGCUGGUUCAUGUUUAACAAGGUUCUCAACAAUGCCAUUCUUAUUUUGUGACUUCAAUAACGUUUGUAAUUAUGCAUCAAGAAAUGAUAAAUCAUACUGGUUAUCAACAACGGCACCAAUUCCAAUGAUGCCAGUUAAUGAAGCAGAAAUCGAGCCACAUAUUUCAAGAUGUUCGGUAUGUGAAGCACCAGCUAAUGUUAUUGCCGUGCAUUCACAAACAAUCCAAAUUCCAAAUUGUCCACAGGGCUGGAAUUCACUCUGGAUCGGUUAUUCAUUUGCUAUGCAUACUGGUGCAGGAGCUGAAGGAGGUGGACAAUCGCUAAGUUCUCCUGGUUCAUGUCUGGAAGAUUUCCGAGCUACGCCAUUCAUUGAAUGUAACGGUGCUCGUGGUAGCUGUCAUUAUUUUGCAAAUAAAUUUAGCUUUUGGUUAACAACAAUCGAAGAUGAUCAACAAUUUCGAAUUCCUGAAAGUGAAACUCUAAAAUCCGGAAGUUUACGUACACGAGUAUCACGAUGCCAAGUUUGCAUAAAAUCCCUAGAACCUCCAUUUCAUGGCUAA